AUGGCUGAAAUGCAAGACUAUAUCCAACUUUCAUUCGUUAUGCUACUCUCCAUAAUUGCUAUUCGAACCAUACUAACAAGAAAGAAGAACAAUAAUCAUCUUACUCCACCCACCCCUCCUUCCCUACCUAUCAUUGGACAUUGUCACCUUAUAUCUAAGUUUCCCCACAAAAGUUUUCAUAAGCUUUCAAUUCAAUAUGGACCCAUAAUUCAACUUUUCCUAGGCUCUAUACCUUGUAUAGUAACUUCAAAUCCAGAAAUAGCCAAAGAGUUUCUUAAAACUCACGAAACUUCCUUCUCAAACCGCUUAAAAAAUGCUGCAACUACCUACAUAUCAUAUGGAUUAAAAGGUUUCAUAAUUACGCCUUACGGUGAUUAUUGGCAGUUCGUGAAGAAGAUAUGCAUGUCAGAGCUUCUUGGUGUAAUAACGCUUGAUCAACUCCGUCCCUUGAGGCAACAAGAGACUCUAAGGUUUCUUAGACUUUUGCAGAAGAAAGGGGAAACCGGUGAAGCCAUUGAAGUUGGGGGCGAGCUAUUGACUCUCACCAAUAGCAUUAUAACAAUAAUGACAAUGAAAAAAACUUUCGGUUCUGAGAAUGAUAUUAGCGAUGUUAAAGAGAUUAGGAAGAUGGUGACAGAGACCGCAGAGCUUGUAGGGAAGGUGAAUGUGUCGGAUUUUAUCUGGUUUUUUAAGAAUAUAGAUUUUUAUGGAAUGAAUAAAAAGCUGAAAAGGAUUCGGGAUAGGUUUGACACAAUGAUGGAUAGGGUGACAAAGGAGCAUCAAGAGGAAAAGAAGAAAAGAGGUGAAGGUGCUCAUCAUGUUAGGGAUUUACUUGAUAUUUUGUUGGAAAUACAAGAGGAUGAGAGCAAUGAAAUCAAAUUGACUAGUGAGAAUGUCAACGCGUUCAUCUUGGACAUAUUUAUGGCUGGAACUGACACAGCUGCUAUAACAAUUGAAUGGGCUCUAGCUGAGUUAAUAAACAAUCCACAUGUGAUGGAGAAAGCAAGACAAGAGAUUGAUUCAGUAACUGGAAAGAGUAGAUUAAUACAAGAAUCCGAUAUUCCCAACCUUCCAUACAUGCGAGCUAUAAUCAAAGAAACACUAAGAAUUCACCCUACAGUACCAGUUAUAGUGAGAGAAUCAUCGGAAAGUUGCAAAGUUUAUGGUUAUGAGAUCGCAGCAAAGACCGUUUUAUUUGUUAACUUAUGGUCAAUGGGUAGAGACCCCAAAUUGUGGGAAAACCCACUUGAGUUCAGGCCAGAGAGGUUUAUGUGUGAAGAAAAUAACAAGUUCGAUAUGAGGGGGCAAAAUUUCCAACUUAUGCCAUUUGGAACUGGUAGAAGGGCUUGCCCUGGUUACUUAUUAGCACUUCAAGUUGUUCCCACAAAUCUUGCUGCAAUGAUUCAGUGUUUUGAAUGGAAUGUUGAUGGUAAUGGGAAAGUUGACAUGGAAGAGAAACCGGCCGUGACCCUUCCAAGGGCUCAUCCUUUGAUUUGUGUUCCUGUGCCGCGUUUUAAUAGCAUUCCUUCGUGUGAAUGA